CCCCGGACCCCCGCGCGAGAUGGCCGCGGCGGAGAAGAAGGGCCUGCACAAGUUCUUCCACCUGCGGUCGACGCUGUCCACCACCAACAUGUUCCUCUUCGACGCGGACGGCAAGCUCAAGCGGUACGAUACGCCAGAGGACAUCUUGCGCGAGUUCGCACCCGUGAGGCUCGCGCUCUACCAGUCGCGGAAGGAUCACAUGGUCGCCCGCCUGGCUCGCGAGGUGGCGCUGCUGCACGACAGGGCGCGCUUCGUGCGCCUGGUGGUGGAGGGGCAGCUGCAGGUGGAGUCGAAGGCCUCCGCGAAGGUUUGCGCCGACAUGCGCCGCUUCGGCCUGCGCACGAAGCAGGAGAUCGAGGGCGGCGACGUGGCGGUGACCGCCCUGGAGCCGGAGGCGUCGAGCCCCGCCGCGAAGAGGCCGCGCAGGGUCCACGUGCUGACCGAGGGGGCCGAGGCGGCUCACUUGGCCGGCCCGUCUGGCUACGGGUGGCUGCUGAGGGCCAAGAUGUGGCUCCUGACGGAGGAGCGCCUGGCGGAGCUGGUGAGGCAGUUCCACGCGAAGCUGGCCGCGCUGGAGGAGCUGCGCGGGACGACCACGGCGCAGCUCUGGGAGCGCGACCUGACCUCGCUGGAGCAGGCCAUGGACGCGAGGGAUGCCGAGGACAGGAAGGACGAGAAGGAUCUCCGCUGAGCACGGGCAUUGCGCGGGGAUUGCCACGCGUCCCUCGCCGAUUCCUCUUCGC